AUGCAGUACGUACGGAAUCUCAGCGCUUCCGUCUCUUCGACAUGGAACUCCAUAAACCCGGCCACUCUUAGUGGCGCCAUCGAUGUCAUUGUCGUUGAGCAGGAAGACGGCUCUCUCAACUGCUCGCCAUUUCACGUGCGCUUUGGGAAGUUCUCGUUACUGAGGCCCUACGAGAAGAAGGUCGAAUUCAAGGUCAACGGUGUCAAGCAACCCUAUUCUAUGAAGCUCGGCGAAGAGGGAGAGGCCUUCUUCGUCUUCGAGACGAGUGAUACUAUUCCAAGGGAUCUGCAGACGUCACCCUUGGUCUCCCCAGCAUCAAGCCCUCCCUUGAACCCGGAGAACCCCUCUUCGCCUGGACUUGGUGAACCAGACUUACUUGAUCUGGAUUCCGAUCCUACGAAACCUCGCCGGCCGCCCCCAUCUGUCCUUCACGCGGCAACGUUCGGACCCCACGGGCUAAACACACCUCUUUCUACCUCCCCGGACCUCUCCCACGCACGACUAAGAUCAGAAGAUUGGGAUUCCUCAGCUGCCCAGCGCCCCUAUAGCGACGAUGUCUUACGCAAAUCAGCCCGACUGAGCGACCGAGUAUUUGGCGAAGGCUCUGCUGAUUUUGCAAUGUCUGAGCGAUCACAAAGUCCUCCGCCGCUAGCACCCAAGGAAGCGCUCGAACGGGCACUCAUGCUCUCCAAGGAGCUGUCAGCCAACAAUAUCCCUAGCCAUGUAACCGAGAGCGGCGAUCUGAUGCUGGACAUGACCGGCUUCAAGAGUAACGAAGAAGAUGUAUUCCGUGCCGAGAUUCUCGCGCGAAAGAUCCUCUCCGAAGAGCUCGAGGGCCCUUACGACAUCGGUUCGCUUUUCGGCAUGGACGAGCAUGGAAACAUUUGGAUUUACAGCAGCGAGGAGGCCAAAGAGGCUGCAAAGAAGAAGACCAUGGAAGCCGGUUACCGCCUUAAUUCCGUCAUUGCGGCGGAUGCUGCAUCUGACCCAGGAUACCAGAGUGAUGGUAGCGAUGUGACUACCACCGUACCCCCUCCAAACCAUCGAAGGACCGAGUCGGACGCCGGGGCUUCUGGCCUGCACACCCCUCCUACGACACCUCCUCAGUCGACGGCUGGAGACCCGAAUCUGAAUUACGCAAAGACGCUGCGGUUGACUAGUGAUCAGCUGAAAGACCUGUGCUUGAAGCCUGGAGAGAACACCAUGAGUUUCACUGUCAACAGGGCAACGUGCCAGGCCAAUAUGUACUUGUGGAGGCAUGAGACGCCCGUCGUCAUCUCGGACAUUGACGGCACGAUCACCAAGUCCGAUGCCUUGGGCCACGUUCUCAACAUGAUCGGACGUGACUGGACGCAUGCUGGAGUAGCUAAACUCUAUAGCGACAUUGUUGCCAACGGGUACAACAUCAUGUACCUGACCAGUCGAUCAGUGGGUCAGUCUGAUACCACCAGGGCGUAUUUGGCUGGUAUUCAGCAGGGAGAAUACCGGGUGCCGCGGGGACCUACCAUCUUGUCUCCGGAUCGCACCAUGGCCGCGCUCCGCCGUGAGGUCUACCUCAGAAAACCCGAGGUUUUCAAGAUGGCUACUCUUCGCGACAUCCGGAAUCUAUACGGCCCUAAUCGGACACCGUUUUUUGCUGGAUUUGGAAACCGUCUCACGGACCAGAUUUCGUACAGGACUGUGGAUGUUCCGAAGAAACGUAUCUUUACCAUCAACUCCAAUGCUGAGGUCUCCCUGGAUUUGCUCACCUUGAACAAACUCAAGCUGAGUUAUAUCAACAUCAAUGAGGUCGUAGAUCAUUUCUUCCCGCCAGUCAGCACUCUUGUCAAGGGUGGUGGAGAAGAAUAUACAGACUUCUCAUAUUGGAGAGAUACUCCGUUGGAUCUGGAUGAAUUUUCUGCAAGCGACACAGAUGACGACAAUAAGCAGGUUGAUCUGGAAGAAGACGUUGACGAUGAUGAGGAGAUUGGUGACGAGAUGGGGCAGAGCUAUAUUUCCCGAGACUCCGCCGACGAUUACGGCGACGAACGCGAAAGCAUCCUCAGUGGAAGCAUUGACGGCGAUGACCAGCUGGCCGCCUCCGUCCUAGAGGACGACGACGCCGACGACGAAGACGCCGAAGAGGAGGACGAAGAAGACGAAGACGGUCAGACUAACCUCGAAGUGCGGAAACAACGCGAGCGAACUCCUCAGCCCAGCGGCAAGAAACCUAAGUCUUCCGCACCACAACAGACGAUACUCGUUGAAGACAUCGGCGCCGAGUUGAUUACUGGGGUAAAUCAUCUCACCCUUGAAAAAGGUGUGCAGAAAUAG